UGGGGGGUGCCCAGGCAUCAUCUCUCUUGCGCAUUUCAGGUGAUUUCUGAUUUUGACAUGACCUUGAGCAAGUUUGCCUGUAAUGGACAGCGGUGCCCUUCGUCACACAACAUCCUGGAUAACAGCAAGAUCGUCAGUGAGGAGUGCCGGAGAGAGCUAAAGGCACUCCUUCACCACUAUUACCCGAUCGAGAUCGACCCAAACCAGACCACCAAAGAGAAGCUACCUCACAUGGUGGAGUGGUGGACUAAAGCUCAUGACCUCCUGUGUCAGCAGAAAAUCCAGAAUGUUCAGAUCGCCGAGGUGGUGAGAGAGUCCAAUGCGAUGCUUAGGGACGGUUACAAGAUGUUCUUCAACAUGCUCUACCGGCACAGCAUUCCCCUCUUCAUCUUCUCCGCGGGCAUCGGGGACAUCCUGGAAGAAAUCAUCCGACAGAUGAAAGUUUACCAUCCCAACAUCCAUAUUGUGUCGAACUACAUGGAUUUCGAUGAAAACGGCUUCCUUCAGGGAUUCAAGGACCAGCUCAUUCACACAUACAACAAGAACCUCUCCCUGCAUGAGAACUCCAACUACUUCCGGCAAUUUCAAGACAAAACCAACAUUCUCCUUCUGGGGGACUCCCUGGGGGACCUCACCAUGGCCGACGGGGUUCCUGGUGUGGAGAACAUUCUCAAGAUUGGCUUCCUAAAUGACAAGGUGGAGGAGCUGCGGGAGCGCUACAUGGACGCCUAUGACAUCGUGCUGGAGAAGGAUGAGACCCUGGACGUGGUCAAUGGGCUGUUGCAGGACAUCCUGCACCAGGGGGACCAGAUGGAGGUGCCAGGCUGUUGAGUGCCAGACUUGGGGCUGCCACCUCGGCCUCCACACUCCCCCGAGGCAGCUCCUGCCUGUGUGUCUGCAGAGAAAUCCAGGGCACAGGGGCCGCCUGAACCUGUGGUCCUCUUUCCUCUCCCCAUUCCCUACAGCGCCUUCUCCCUCCACUGUGCUCCCCAGACCUAGUGGAGGACCUGCUGGGCCGGAAGGGUAGCCAGAGCUGCUUCAGAGGAACUGCCAACCUGUCGGCUGUCUGUGCUCCCGGGAUCACCCAGUCCAGGCAUUCUUUAUUCCCCAAAGUUUUAAUUGUCGAAACGUGUUCUUCAUACAGCUCUGACAUGUGAAAUGGAUCAAAAUUAAAAAAAGGAGCGAACACA